AUGCCCAAGAAUCGAUUCAACGCCGACGCAUUCUACCAUCCAAAUCCUGAUCGUCCUGGCUCCUUCAACCCGCAAGGUGCCCACUUCCUUGACGAAGAUGUUGGAUUGUUUGACGCCCCCUUCUUUAACAUGACGAGGCAAGAAGCAUGUGCUCUCGACCCUCAACAGCGCAUCUUGCUCGAGUGUGUCUACGAGGCCCUCGAAAAUGCUGGUGUGCCAGGCCACUCAAUCGUGCGUCGCAAUGUGGGCGUCUUUUGCGGCGCUUCGUUUCCCGAUUACGACCGCGACAACAACAUGGAUAUGGAUUCUAUUCCCAUUCUCACCAUUGACACGGCAUGCUCUUCCAGCCUAACUGCCUUGCAUAUUGCCUGCCAGAGCAUCCGAAACGGCGAAUGCUCCAUGGCAAUUGUAGCCGGAUGCCAUCUAAACAUCUCGCCUGACUCGUUUAUUGUCAUGUCGCGCGGCAGGCUUGUUUCAGACUCGGGUAAAUCAUUCGCAUUCGACCACAGGGCCUCUGGAUUCGGCCGUGGCGAGGGGGCCGGAUGCAUCAUUCUCAAGUCCCUUGCAGACGCCGAGACGGCGGGCGAUGCCAUCCGAUGCUUGAUUGUCAACAGCGGGUUAAAUCAGGAUGGACGGACCAAUGGCAUAUCCAUGCCAAGCCCGGACGCGCAAGAGGCGCUGAUCCGUUCCGUCUACAAGUCAGCCCAGGCUGCCGCCCUGCGCAAUGCCUUGAUAUUGGGGACGGGACGAGGGCCAAGCCAGCCGCUGCUCGUCGGUUCCGUCAAGUCCAAUGUGGGCCAUACCGAGGGCGCCAGUGGCAUUAUUUCUGUUAUCAAGACUGCGCUGAUGCUCGAGCGAGGCCUCGUCCUUCCAAAUUGCAACUUUGAGAAGGCGAAUGAGGAGAUUCCGCUCGACAAGUGGAACAUGAAGGUCCCCACAACGGUAGAGCCAUGGCCUGACAAGAAGCCGUUUGCAAGCAUCAACAACUUUGGAUUUGGCGGAGCCAAUGCCCAUGUUGUGCUCUAUGUCGUGUCUGGCCAUACAAAGGAAACAGUGGUUCGCCUGAGCAAGGAACUAGGGGUAUUUUCCAUCAUAGAUGAACUUGUUCUCAAAGACCCCUGUGAAAGCUCGCUCGGCACAGCAUACGUGAGCCAGCCGGCUUGUACGGCCAUCCAGUUAGCAUUGGUCGACUUGCUGUCGUCUUGGGGCGUUCGUCCUCGAGCAGUCGUCGGCCAUUCCAGCGGAGAGAUUGCAGCAGCUUACGCGGCCGGCGUUCUAACUCUGGAGGCUUCUGUCAAAGUUGCGUAUUCCCGGGGUGUCGUGGCAAACCUUUUGGCUACGGAUACGUCAAUCAAUGGAGCCAUGCUCGCAGUAGGAACCAAUGCCAAGGUUGUCGAGCAAGCUCUCGGCAUGAUCCAAUGCUCCGGUGCUGUCAUUGCCUGUGUCAACAGCGAAUCAAGUGUCACUUUGUCCGGCGACCGAGACGUCAUCGCCGACCUUGAAUUUGGUCUGGGCCAAAAGGGCAUCUGGACCAGAAGACUUGAGGUAGACGUUGGCUACCACUCGCAUCACAUGCAAAGGGUUUUGCCGCAAUACCGAUCCCUGCUUGCUGGACUCUGUCCACGCCCAUCCCAGAUACCAUUUUACUCAACGCUUACUGGGCAGGUGUCUCCAGGAACCUAUCUCGAUGCCUCGUACUGGGUUGACAACCUGGCAUCGCGCGUCGAGUUUGUCAAGGGCCUGGCCAGUCUCCUAGCGGCAGACGAUUCAAUCAAUACCUUGGUUGAGAUUGGGCCCCAUCCCGCGCUCAAAAGGCCGGUCAGGGACGUUGUGCGGACACACGAGCCGAACAGACAGAUGCGCUUUGGGUAUACGCUAGAGCGCAACGUCCACGCAGUCGAGGCCUUGCAGAACCUGGCCGUCUCGCUGUUUACUCGUGGCGUGGCGCUCGAUUUCAGGGGCAUAAACUUCCCCAACCUUGCACGAGGCAGCAAGCCUGCCGCCUUGACCAACCUGCCCAAGUAUCCGUGGAAUCAUUCCGAGAGGUACUGGUCCUUUAACCGGCGGAGAGACGAUAUCUUGCAUCCAAAGUACCCCCGCAAUGAUAUUCUCGGCACGCCGGCCAUGGACAGUGUCGACUUUGAGCCGCGGUGGAGGAACGUCUUGAGAGUUGAUGACCACCCCUGGAUCCGUCAACACCGCAUCCAUGGCAUCAACAUCUAUCCCAUGACUGGCUUCCUGUCAAUGGCGGUCGAGGCCAUUGCCCAGCAAGCGCAGUUACGGGGCCUCACUGCUGGGAAAGUUGACCUUCGUGACGUUUCGAUAAAUGGCGCUCUCGCCAUAGCGGACGAUGCAACCGUCGAGACCAUGCUGACUCUUCGGCCACGCCAAGCCGAGGCUAAUGCCAAGUCGGGUCUCGGCUGGCACGAGUUUAGCAUCUUUUCUUGGGCCGCUGGUCGAGGAUGGGAGCAGCAUUGCCAUGGCUCCGUCAUGGUACACGAGACCAAGCCCUUGAAUCCCGUCCAUGGUUCCCCGUCGGUCGACGACGCGACUCUUUACGACAGCAUCGCGAAGAGCGGUGUCGAACCUGGGCGCUCAAGACCAGCGAGCCAUUGCCACACGCCCAAGGCAACCCUUGUCCCAUCGCACAUCAACCAUCUGUACGGUCAUCGAUUAGGGUCUCAGUCGGCCGACAAAAACCGCAUUACCGCCGUCGAGCCAGACAACCCAGACAAGGCGGUUUUUGAGCUUGAAGGCAUUAGCGUCGUCCCCAUUGCGAAUCAUGUGCAGGGAUACGAGGGGAACGCACCGGAUCCGCUGUGUUACAAACUGGACUGGGAGCCCUGCUUUGAGCUCCUCUCGGUUGACGACAUUCGCCUGCUAGCACCCCUUGAGGGUGGCGGCUCCGAGGCAGCUGGUGAACAGCUAAACCAAAUUGACGACGAUGCGACAGAAUAUCUACGAAGAUCCCUACAAGCUGUCACAGCACAGGAGCUGUCCGCCCUGCCCCAGCACCAUCAGCAGUUUUACCGCUGGGCACAGCAGCAUGCAUGGAGUCGGACGGCCAAUAAUACAUAUAGGGCCAAAAACCUGUUGAGCGUGCUGGGCGAACUGCUGCCUCAGAUUCUCCAUGGCCAGGUCGAUGCGCUCAGUGUCAUGCUCGAAGACGACCGGCUGGGGAAGCUUUACGAGUCUCUGGAGAGUCUUCGCCAGUGCUACGCCAGCGCAUCAUUCUGCAUGGACAAAAUGGCCCAUCAGAAUCCCGAUCUCAACAUAAUAGAGAUUGGUGCCGGAACCGGAGGCGCCACGUUGCCUAUUCUGCAGAGCCUCGGGAGGGGGGGGGACGAACCCGGUUCCAUGCCGCGGUUCCGUCACUACACAUACACCGACAUCUCUCCCGGCUUCUUCGAAAAGGCCAAGACCAAACUGGAGAGAUGGAGCCAUCAUUUGACGUAUCAGACGCUGGACAUUUCAACCGACCCAUCUGCCCAGGGCUUCAAGCCAGGGUCCUACGACGUGGUGGUUGCCUGCAACGUCUUGCACGCAACGGCCGACAUAAAGGAAACCAUGGCCAACGUGCGGUCUCUAUUAAGGCCCGGCGGCAAGGUGUUGCUGAUUGAGGAGACGGUGUUCCGGCCGAGGCACUUCCCGUUUGCGCUGUUGCCUGGAUGGUGGCUCGCCAGCGAUGAAUUCCGCAAAGGCGGCCCGCUGCUCAGCAUCGAGCAAUGGCAUGGUGUCAUGAAGGCCACGGGCUUUUCGGGCAUUGAUGUCUCCGUCGAGGAUCACCCCGGAUCGCCUCACAUGUCGGGAUGCUUCAUGGUGACGACGGCCACUGGCAACAUGAAACGCCGCGAUGACGGAGAGGUCGUCGUCAUUGGCGGCCAUGGCCUCGGCACCCAAGCUUUGCGCCGUCUGGAGCAGGGCCUGACAGACAUGACGGGUCAGGCCCUCGUCACUGUGCCAGACGUGGAAUCCGCUGACGCUGUCAACAAGUGGUGCGUCUUGGUGGGCGGCAUCGACGGCUCCCCCCUAUCGCACCUCACCCGCGAAAAGCUGGAAGCAUUGCAGCAGCUAGUGUGCCGGACGAGGGGCCUGCUAUGGGUCGUCCGGCACGCGAGGUCGAACCCAGAGUCGGUUGGCGGUAACAUGGCAGCUGGUCUGGCCCGGAGUAUCCGGUCAGAAACGGGCUUGAAGUUGGCCACGCUGGACUUGGGGGACAAGGACCAAGUCAACGACUCAGAGGCAGUAAAUCACAUACUCGGCGUAUUCAACGGCAUCUUCUUCCAAGGCGCGUCGUUGAUGCGGAGCGAUAUGGAGUUUGCCGUGCGCAAGGGGCACGUCUCAGUACCCCGUUUGGUUGUCGACACGGCUUUGAAUCUCAGCAUCCAGCAGGAUUGCCCGGACGCCCCGCCAUCCUUUCGGCCAUUCAGCCAAGACAGGGCGCUGCAUCUCAUGGCUGGAUUGGGGGGACAACUGGACGAGCUGUACUGGACCGACGAUGUCGUCUACGGCUCCUCGCUGCCUGACGACCACAUCGAGGUCCAGGUCUGCUGUGCGGGCCUCAACUUCAGAGACGUGCUCAUGGCCAUGCGCCAGCUCGAAGGCCAUGGGCUCGGCCAGGAGUGCAGCGGCAUAGUGACAAGAGUAGGGUCGGCGGUGACCGACUUCAGUGCCGGAGACCGAGUCUGUGCUCUCUCGCCCGCGUCGCUGUCGACUUACACGCGGUGCCCAGCAUCGUGUGCGCACAUGAUGCCAGACGACAUGCCGUGGGAGGUUGCAGCAUCUCUUCCCGCCGUCUUCUCUACCGCCUAUUACUCCUUGGUCGACAUGGGGCGGUUGACGGCCGGAGAGAGCGUCCUGAUCCACGCAGCCGCUGGGGGCGUUGGACAGGCAGCCAUUAUCGUUUCCCAGAGCAUUGGGGCCGAGAUAUUCGCAACCGUGGGCAGCCAAGAGAAGAAGGAGUUCCUGAUGGCGACUUACCAGCUCGACCAAGACCACAUUUUCUUCAGCCGCGACCUGGCAUUCAUACAAGCCAUCCGGAACGCCACCGGGGGCCAGGGAGUCGACGUUGCCCUCAAUUCGCUGGGCGGCGACGCUCUGCAGGCGACGUUUGAAUGCGUUGCCCCCUUUGGCCGAUGCAUCGAGCUGGGAAAGCGAGACAUUGUGCAAAACUCGCGCCUCGAAAUGGCGCACUUCAAUAACAAUCUACUCGGGCGGUUGCUCCGCGAUUCGUUCCGUGUCUUUGUCGACUCCCAGGCCCAGUCGUGGUGGCCCGUCAACACUCAGUCCAUCUCUGAUAUUGAGGCUGCUUUCCGUUCCUUGCAAACGGGUCGAGUCAUUGGCAAGACGGUUGUCCAGAUGACUAAAAAUGCCAGAGUCAAGGUUCACCCGCCGAGAAAACCGGUCCACCCACUGCGGCCAGAUGCGACUUAUAUUGUCGUGGGUGGCACCGGGGGCAUCGGCUUGGACAUUGCCAGCUGGUUGCCUCAGCAAGGAGCAAGGCGACUUGUUCUUGUCUCCAGGAGCGGCGCCUCUACUCAACAGGCCCGACAGGCGAUGCGCGACCUGACGGGCAAAGGUGUCGCCGUCCAUGUCUGUCGCUGCGAUGUUUCUGAUGCGGCAAAUGUGCAAGAGAAGUUGAUUCCACUCCUUGACCAAGUCCCCCCGGUCUAUGGCGUCGUCUUUGGGGCAAUGGUUCUUCGUGACGUCGUUUUUGAGAAGGCGACUUUUAACGACUGGGACACCGUCAUUAAGCCCAGGGUCCACGGCAUCUGGAACCUGGAGCGUGCUCUACAAAGUGUCCACGGUGGCCACAGCCCUGACUUCUUCAUCACGCUCUCGUCGGCCGCUAGCACCAUAGGCAAUAUAGGCCAGGCGGCAUAUGCGGCAAGCGGGACUUUCAUGUCUGCAUUAGCCCAGUAUACAAGGACAAGAAAUAUGCCCUUCACAUCCAUCGAACUUCCCUAUGUGCGUGGAGUUGGCUACCUUGCCAAUGACCCGACAACAGAUGCGGCGUCGCGACAAAUGGCCAUUGACUGCAUCGAUGCCAGCGACAUCCGCCGUCUGAUGGCUGCGGCAAUACGAAAUGAAAUGCGCGACACUUGCGAGGGCCAUUGCGUCGUUGGCUUCCAUAGCCUUGAGAAAAUGCCAGCCACCAAGCAACCUUUUUACGUCAAAGACGCCAAGUUCUCGCACCUGAAGCGCCUACGGUUGCUCAAGGUCGAAACCGCCUCGGCCAGGCCCGACCAAACUAGCAACAGCUGCAUUUCGUCUGCUACAGCACUCCAGCAAGCCCAAGGCCGCGAGGCUGCCAAGGACGUCGUCGUCGCUGCGCUGCUGCAAAAGGCAUCCGCUAUCCUACAGCGUCCGAUUGACUGCUUCAGCGCGGCAGCCCCAGUUUCCGCCUAUGGCCUUGAUUCCCUUGUGUCUAUUGAAUUCAGAAGCUGGAUCGCGCGCGAGUUUGAGGUCUAUAUCCAAGUCAUGGAGAUCCUCACUAGCGUGUCCUUUAACGCUCUUGCCGAGAUUAUCCUAAAAAGGGCGAAUAUACUAUCACUAGAUGUAAAGCAGAAGUGGGGUCUUCAUGUAUAA